GAACAGCACCUGACGCAGAGAGUUGGGAAAUUGAGUAGUAACGGAAAAACUCGAAAUUCUCAAUACGGGCGUUCAACAAAAAUGUGAAAAUAGUGAAUCAAAAAAGAAAGUACACAUCAUCAUAGUUGUGAAAACAAAAGAAAUACAAAUAAAUUCAAUCGCAAAAAAUCGCCGAUCACCACUCAUUGUGUCUGUGGGAAGUGUGAAGUGAAAAGUGGAAGUAUUUCGCAAUUGCGAACAAUUUCAAUUUAUAUUACCCACAAUAAUGAAGUUAUGCAAAAGUUCGUCCUGUAGAUACUUAAGGGCUGCCUGUUGUCUUCGUCUGAGCUGGAAGUUUCAGCAACAACCAUUUCUUUGCGAGGAAAGCCAUCAGCACCAAUGCCACCACCCUAACAACUAGAAUUGCUCGAUUGUUGUUUUUUCUUACGUCAAAAGUCAUUUAUUAAGAACGGAAUUAUAACGAGUGUCGGUCGUGUUAAGUAGCGACAGACAGACGAACAGACAAUCAUUUCAAGCCGUUGUCAUUCGCAGUCGCAAUAAACAAAUAAACAAAACCGUUUUCCGUGCGCGCAUAAAAUGAUUUCCGAAAGAUUUGUACAACUUUUAAUCGUUCUCUCUGGGCUCGCUUUGAUAUUCCCCAAUUGUUAUGGUGACGUCGGUUUGCCGUUGAUACAAAUAAGUCAUGAUGAUGAUGACUUUGGUGACGAUUACCCGGAACUACGCGAAGAAGUGCAUUUGGAAGAUUUCUUUUGGACAGGUUCCGGAGAUGGGCCACCUGAUUACCUGAAGCAGGUCCAUACGGGCAUAAGCAAGGGCAAAGAUGUUGUGGUUAAAACCGAAACGGUUGUAGCCACCGUUUAUGUGGACGGUAAUAAUGAAGUUGAUAUUCCCAUUUGCCUGGAUUGUUACGGCGAAGGAACAGUGGGCAUCGAUGGGACAUGGACAGCAGCUGGUAUGCCUCCUUUAAAUUUUUCUGCCACUGAUAGACGCUAUUGGCUGCUGACAGUAAUGUCAGGAUUCUAUACGCAAAAAGACAAUCCUAUGCUUGAGGAGAAAUUGGCCAGGUUAUACCGUUUAGCCUUCACAAGGCAACAAACUAAACAUUUGGGCAUUAAUGGAGCACAGCAAAUAUCGGGGAUAUCUUUGACGGCUGGACGUGACCGACGACAUAACAAAGAACUGGAUGAUGCAGACAAUGUCUUAACAACAACCAAAGAUCCAUCAGACUACGAUGUCGAGCUAUUGGAUAUGGCCACCAACAAUACUCCGAGGAAUAAACAUCAUUUAACUUCCUCAUCCACAUACCCGAUUAAUACGAAAUCUGAGUUAAUAACAUCCUCGGAAGAGAAUAUCACUGAGACCACGACACCUGGCUAUCAAUAUACCGAGGCAGAUAUGCAAGCAGAAUCUCCAGAUGUAACAGCACAUGCCACCACUCAAGCUUCGUGGGAAUUGAUACAAGAGAACGCUCCAAAGUCGGAAAAGCAAAUGAUGGAAUCGUUGGUACAGCCGCCAACGGUGCGUGUACUACAGCCACAAUCAAAGCCCAACCCAACACAAAGCCCUCCCUCAUUGUUGCCACCACUGAGUAUUCGUGACAACCAGGUGCGUGUUGUCAUUCACAAUAUCACGCAAUUGACUGAAGAUGAUGUGGAACGAAGCAAUGCCGAUGGUGAUGGCGGAGCCGCGUUUGGUACGUCUGGCAUAUAUGAUGGCGACAUCAGUGAUAAAACAGACGAACGACCCAUUGCAAAUCAAACUGAGUUAAUCUAUUCGGUAUUUGUGAAUGGGCGUCCUGUGCUGGCUGUAACAGCGGCCAAUGACAUGAAAUUGGUCAGUGAGGCUGAGGUGGCUACCGUUAUGGGAAAAGAAAUUUUUAUGAAGGCCGAACCUUACAUGCGUGAACCUCAGGCCACUCCAUUGGCACCGGCCACACACAGCGGUUCAGUAGGAUUCAUUGACUCCAUCCAGAACAAUACUGUCCUAAUAGUGGUGAGUUCUAUAGCCAUUGUGCUGUUAUUUCUUCUGCUUAUUGCCCUGUUGCUGAUGGGACGUUCUCAUGUAAGACAUAAAAACCAGGAUAUCAAUAGAACUACCAGCCGUAAUGAAUUAAUCUCUGAAGUCCAUUCAGUGCGUCCCACAUCGACCACCACGGUUCCGGAUACGGGUCGGACCACUGCUGAAUCCCGGGAUGGUGGUAUUCAGAAUUUUUCCUUUGAAAAUGAGAAUGGACGGGCAAACCGCGAGCCCCGCAUACAUUUUCCAGGGCCACCAACAACGCAAAGCACUCGCAGAUCAUCCAUCACUUCUACUGACAAUACAUCGGACUCUUCCGUUUAUUGUCCCAUAAAUCCACCAGCAGCUGAUGUUCAACGCAUACUGGACGAGAAGUCCAGCGGAAUGUUUGAGCGCAAUAAGGCUCGUCGCCAAAACCAGUAUGACCGAGCCGAGCAGAAUGAGGAAGCCGUGUAUACCACAGUCAUAUCGGAAAAGAAACGUGAUAAGUCCCGUCACAAGCCGAAGCGCCGCUAUAUCUCAGAAAAUCGUGUGGGUUCACUGGAGACAAGUCCCGUGCAAAGUCAACGCGAGUAUUCAGGCGACGAGGCUAGGUCCCCGGACUUGGAGAGAACCUAUGUAAAUUUCGAACGACCAAAUGUCGAAGCCUUCAAUCCCCAUAACAACUAUCAUCGCAAUAAGUUGCUGCAUCAGAAGACCAUAUACACCGAUAGAGAAGGUCUGGAGCAGCAGAUCUCUAAUGAGGCUGUCAAUAAGGAAAUCAUCAGAGCUUUGCAGCCAACUGAAAAAUCAUCAGAUUCGGGCAGCAUAGGCUCGUUCUUGUCCAUGCAGUCGGUGAAGGCUUUUCCAAAAACUGCUUUGCCUGAACCUCUGAAUCGUGUUCUGGAACCAGUCUUCGUCACCUAUUAUGACAAUGUGGAAAAUGUUCAGCAGCCAUCGUCCAAGACCAGUAGAGCUCAACACAAAAGGCGUUCGAAUCGUGAUGGGUUGGAUGCAACUACCAUUGCCACCAUAGAAGGAUUUCCCACACCUAAGGCCCCACAAAAAGUGCCACGAUUCGCCUCACAAAGUGACAAUCCCGAUCCCGGGGUUGUGGGGCCCAUAGUUUGGGAAAGGCACAAGAAGAGACUCAGUGCCGAUGAUUUAUUGGACAAUGACUAUGAAGAAGGCGAUGCUGCUGCACGUAGCCAAAGAAAUUUUGAUUAUUAUAGUCCUUCGAGAGAUCCGGCUGCUAUGCGUAAUCAUUACGAAGGUUUGCUAGAGGGAGCCAUACAAAUGUACUCCAGCCAAGAUGAUUUGCCCAUGCCACUGCCCAAUCGAGAUUUUACCAGCAAUCGUAAGCCCACAAAACGAGAGUUGCGAGGUUCUUCAGCGGGUGCCUCCAACAGCAAUUUUAAGUCGCAGACCUGCGACAAUCGUCCUUCGACAGCUCAACCGGCGAAAACCUCUAAAUCAAAUCACUCCACGCAGCCACCUUCACCCACUGUCGGCGCCUGGGAUGGUAGCAGUUCAUACGGAUCCCAUUCUCCCCUGGUGAGACCCAUGAGUGCUGGCCCGUUUCAUCGCCCAGUAGAAUUUCAGGCCCAAAAUCCAUCAUCACGUCACGUUCAAGAUCUUUCAACAGCACCUCUCAUUGAGGCUAUACAAAAUGAAUUGCGCAAAUUCCAAAAAGAAUCCAAUUAAAUCUCCUACUCUCAUCUUUCUUUCAUCAACCACACAGAGCAUUUUAUUUUCAAUCUAAGAGUGUUUUUGAAUGUAGCUGUUUUCUAUUGACAUUACUUUCACAAA